CGGGGCAGCGGAACUGACGCCAGCGGGCUUCCGGGGACGGCCCCGGGGGAGGUCGGCCGCGGCGCCGCAGUCGUGGAGGGGCAGCCCGAGCGUCAGCGGCCGCGGGCGACGCAAGUUCCGCACCGCGCUCCCCUCUCCUCGCCUCACGCUUCUCCUUCCUCUCGCCUAGUGGCGUGCUGCCUCCCGACGGCGGCUCUUCCUGACGAGAGCUUUCGGAGCGCGCUCGCUGAGAGGAAGCGGUCGCCACCCCGCCUCGGGGCCGAGUGAGAGUGCCUGUCGCGCCGCGUCGCCCCCUUCGCCGCCUCCUUGCCCCCCAGUGGCGGGCGCCCUUCUCGCUGGAAGCACUCCCCCCAGCUCCAUGAAUGGAAAUCGGCUCCGCAGGACCCGUUGGGGCCCAGCCCCUGCUCAUGGUGCCCAGAAGACCUGGCUAUGGCUCCAUGGGCAAACCCAUUAAAUUGUUGGCUAACUGUUUUCAAGUUGAAAUCCCAAAGAUUGAUGUCUACCUCUAUGAGGUAGAUAUUAAACCAGACAAGUGUCCUAGGAGAGUGAACAGGGAGGUGGUUGACUCAAUGGUUCAGCAUUUUAAAGUAAAUAUAUUUGGGGACUGUAGACCAGUGUAUGAUGGAAAAAGAAGCCUUUACACAGCCAAUCCACUUCCUGUGGCAACUACUGGGGUAGAUUUAGAUGUUACUUUACCUGGGGAAGGUGGAAAAGAUCGACCUUUCAAGGUGUCAAUCAAAUUUGUGUCUCGGGUGAGUUGGCACCUACUACAUGAAGUACUGACAGGACGAACCUUGCCUGAGCCACUGGAAUUAGACAAGCCAAUCAGCACUAAUCCUGUCCAUGCUGUUGAUGUGGUGCUACGACAUCUGCCCUCCAUGAAAUAUACGCCUGUGGGGCGUUCCUUUUUCUCAGCUCCAGAAGGAUAUGACCACCCUCUGGGAGGGGGCAGGGAAGUAUGGUUUGGAUUCCAUCAAUCUGUUCGGCCUGCGAUGUGGAAAAUGAUGCUUAAUAUUGAUGUUUCUGCCACUGCCUUCUACAAAGCACAACCAGUAAUUCAGUUCAUGUGUGAAGUUCUUGACAUUCAUAAUAUUGAUGAGCAACCAAGACCUCUGACUGAUUCGCAUCGGGUAAAAUUCACCAAAGAGAUAAAAGGUCUGAAGGUUGAAGUGACUCAUUGUGGAACAAUGAGACGAAAAUACCGUGUUUGUAAUGUAACAAGAAGGCCUGCCAGUCAUCAAACCUUUCCUUUGCAGUUAGAAAAUGGCCAAACUGUGGAGAGAACAGUAGCACAGUAUUUCAGAGAAAAGUAUACUCUUCAGCUGAAGUACCCACACCUUCCCUGUCUGCAAGUGGGGCAGGAGCAGAAACAUACAUACCUGCCACUAGAAGUCUGUAAUAUUGUGGCAGGGCAACGAUGUAUCAAGAAGCUAACGGACAAUCAGACUUCCACUAUGAUCAAAGCAACAGCAAGAUCUGCACCAGAUAGACAAGAGGAAAUUAGCAGAUUGGUAAGAAGUGCGAAUUAUGAAACAGAUCCGUUUGUUCAGGAGUUUCAAUUUAAAGUUCGGGAUGAAAUGGCCCAUGUAACCGGACGCGUACUUCCCGCACCUAUGCUCCAGUAUGGAGGACGGAAUCGUACAGUAGCAACACCAAGCCAUGGAGUGUGGGACAUGCGAGGGAAGCAAUUCCACACAGGAGUGGAAAUCAAAAUGUGGGCCAUAGCUUGUUUUGCCACACAGAGGCAGUGCAGAGAAGAAAUACUGAAGGGUUUCACGGAUCAGCUGCGUAAGAUUUCUAAAGAUGCAGGAAUGCCCAUCCAGGGCCAGCCUUGCUUCUGCAAGUACGCACAGGGGGCAGACAGCGUGGAGCCCAUGUUCCGGCAUCUCAAGAACACCUACUCUGGGCUGCAGCUCAUUAUCGUCAUCCUGCCAGGGAAGACGCCAGUGUAUGCGGAAGUGAAACGUGUAGGAGAUACACUUUUGGGUAUGGCUACACAGUGUGUUCAAGUCAAGAACGUAAUAAAAACAUCCCCUCAAACUCUCUCAAACUUGUGCCUAAAGAUAAAUGUUAAACUCGGAGGGAUCAAUAAUAUUCUUGUACCUCAUCAAAGACCUUCUGUGUUCCAGCAACCAGUGAUCUUUUUGGGAGCAGAUGUCACUCACCCACCAGCUGGUGAUGGGAAGAAGCCUUCUAUUGCUGCUGUUGUAGGUAGUAUGGAUGCCCACCCAAGCAGAUACUGUGCCACAGUAAGAGUUCAGAGACCCCGACAGGAGAUCAUCCAGGACUUGGCCUCCAUGGUCCGAGAACUUCUCAUUCAAUUUUAUAAGUCAACUCGGUUCAAACCUACUCGUAUCAUCUUUUAUCGGGAUGGUGUUUCAGAGGGACAGUUUAGGCAGGUAUUAUAUUAUGAACUACUAGCAAUUCGAGAAGCCUGCAUCAGUUUGGAGAAAGACUAUCAACCUGGAAUAACCUACAUUGUGGUUCAGAAGAGACAUCACACUCGAUUAUUUUGUGCUGAUAGGACAGAAAGGGUCGGAAGAAGUGGCAAUAUCCCAGCUGGAACAACAGUUGAUACAGACAUUACACACCCCUAUGAGUUUGAUUUUUACCUCUGUAGCCACGCUGGAAUACAGGGUACCAGCCGUCCUUCACACUAUCAUGUUUUAUGGGAUGAUAACUGUUUCAACGCAGAUGAACUUCAGCUGCUAACUUACCAGCUCUGCCACACUUAUGUGCGCUGUACACGAUCUGUUUCUAUACCUGCACCAGCGUAUUAUGCUCACCUGGUGGCAUUCAGAGCCAGAUAUCAUCUCGUAGACAAAGAACAUGACAGUGCUGAAGGAAGUCACGUUUCAGGACAGAGCAAUGGGCGAGAUCCACAAGCUCUUGCCAAGGCUGUACAGAUUCACCAAGAUACCUUACGCACAAUGUACUUUGCUUAAAACGUCCAAGGAUGUUCUCGGAGAGGAAGAACUGAAAGAUGAAUCAACAUACAACAUAUGUUUCCAGUGGAGUCAGUUAGGUGGGGAUGCCUGCAGCCAUACAGAAACCAACACUGUGGGGACCAGGGUCUGAUUUUUAUGUUGAUACUAGGAAGAUUGUUUACUUCAUGAAGAAACAGCACCAUUAUGCAAUAUGAAACCAGCCAACUGCUUUUUUGUGCAAUCUCCUGUAGGAAGUGUCGCCAUUGUUUUGUUUUCACUUUCUCGUAGUCUAACCCUUUUAAUGCCUUUACCUCAAGUUGCUUGGCAGCACAACUAUCUUUGCAAAAAAAAAAAAAAAAAGGAAAGGAAAGGUAAAUGAUGGUUUUAAAAAAAACAUGCCUACAUGAAUAAUCAAUGAUUGUUCACAAUUACGUGUGCAAAAAAAUUAAUGUGCAUUCGUGUAUUCUUGUAAAAGGUAUCUGUGUAUAUUUUAAAUAUAUACAUGUAUACUUCAUAUGCAUAUAUAUCUGGAUCUACACUGAUAAUAGAUAUAUAUGUUCUUUGUGUAUGUUUUAUAGUUCAUUCCAUUGGGGAACUUCCUUUCCCUUUUAUUAUCCUCCCACCACCACUUUUAUUUCUGUCUCUACCUCCCUUGCCUUUAUCGCCUAUAUUUUUUUCCCUAAUCCUACCAGUGACAUUCAAAUGUUCAUGUAUCUGGUUCAUUUGAAUAUGAAGCAUGACAAACCAGACUUUCAUUUUGCACACCCACUCCUGUCUCUUGUCUCAUGUACCAUUCUGAGUCCUCAAUUCUUGAUAUUGCUUACUUAAGAAACAAAGUUAUUUUAUAUAUAUGUGUUUGUGUGUUUGUGUGUAUGCAUACACACACACACACACAUAUGUGUGUAUGUGUUUUUGUGAGAGUUUGUGUCUGCCCCCUCCAGCUCUGAACUUACAUUUGCCAUUUGUGCAAUGUGUACAUAAGCAGUAGCAACCUAAACUAUUCUUUUUCUUUAGUGAGUUUGUUAAAGCUGCUAUAAAUAUAAAACCUGUCAGAAGUUUAACUUUUUCUCUCUAUAAGUGAUAUGUAUUCAAAAGCCUUCUGUUUCUAUGGGUUAUACAUGGAAAUCCCUUAAAGCUUUUAUAAAGGGUAAAUAUUUUAAAUGAUUGGAACCCUGUAGGGUUGAGGCCUCUGAAAUUGGGUAGACAGAGAGAAGGGGUUAUUGAGGUUUUUUUAAUUUUUUUUUUUUGCUAGGUUACUUGCUGCCUCUCAUACCUUAAUGUGAUUUUCAUAUAUAUAUUUUUAUAUAUAUGUAUGUGUGUAUAUAUAAACAUAUAUGUAUGUGUUUUGAAGUAUAGCUUCCUUUUCUAUUUAUUAGGAUAGUGCUUUAAUAAUUAUAGAACUGUAUUGGCAACAUCGUUUAUGGAAAUAUAAUCGUGUUUAUUUGAAGAACUGACAACUUGUUUUUGCUGUCUUUUAGUGCAAUAAGCAGUUUUAAAGGAAAGCUGUGUCUGUUUGACGUCUUUACCACAGAUAGUGGGAGAAACAGGCACCUCCAUAAUUUUAAAAGAGCAAAGUAACACCGCCUUAAUUUGAGAAGGAAAGUUUUGUAAUUUUCAAAUCUAAAGCAUGUCUUUAAAAAUCAUAAUGAAAAUGAAGGAAGUUAAUAUCCUAAAUGAGUCUGACUAUGAAUAUUAAAAAUAAAGUUGAACUUUGAUUUAAGAAAUGACCAUGAAUAGAUUAAAAUUUAGAAGAUAUUUAAAUUCUUUGAAAAUAAAUCAUGUUUAUUGAGAAAUCAUACUGGUUAGGUACCCAUUUUCAUUAACUAAAAUGAAUUAGGAAAAUGUGAUAUAUUUUUUUUAAUUUUUGCUAAUUUAUCACCAGUGACUUUCCUUUUAAAAUUAGGGUUAUGGUGACAAAGACAGUUAGGACUUUGAACAUUUUAAAUGAGUUAAAUCACUGAAAUGUGGGUAAAAGUUUUGGAAAACUUUUUUUUUAUUGAUUUCACUUUAUGGUAUUAAAAAGUACUAUGAAGCUGUCAAAACCAAGUUCACCAGUAACAUUGGAUUCAGGGGAGCUUUGCACUUUUUAACUCAUGAAAAUGCAUUUUAAAUUUUUUUUUGCACUGGUUCAUAGUAUAAAUAUUACAGAUUGUUUCCAGUGGGCAUUGUUAACCUUUCAGAAUUCCAUCUGCUCAUGAAAAUGAAUGGAUUAGCUCUAUAGUUCCUCUCUUACCUGUAAUCCACUCUUAUUGCCAAUUUACUGUAUUUUGAGCCUAAAACCUGAGCCCAUGUCCUCCAACAGGUAUGAAAUCUUUUGUCCCUCUGCCAGAAAACUAAGAAAGUACUGUAUUUUGUAUGUUUAUUAUAUUGAAGUGUCUGAAAUGCAAUUUACAACACUGUCUCAAAGUUCUUUACAUGAGAUAAUAUUUAUAUAGUAUGUACAUUUUUUCUCCCAACCCUCCCUCCUCCUCCAAAAAAUUUCUGUACCAUAUAUAUAUAUAUAUGUAUAUAUAUAUGUUUUUGUUUUUUUACGUUGAAACUUCACUGAAUAUAGUAGUCAGGAACAUGAACAAGAGAAGAAAACGGUGUGUCCUAGAUGGUAAAAACUUGAUUGCUGUAUGCUUGUUCAAUAUGAGUAAAACAUCUUCCUUUAUCUGUGGGGGUUGCAGUUUCAUGUGGGAAACUUUAGGACCCAGGGAAGAGCUGUAGAUACACUUUCCCUGUUUACUGCUUUACCUAAUUUUCAGUUACUUAUUUUCACCUGCGCUAGAAUGAAGCCCAUAAUUUAAAUCUAUUUGGAAGGACUUUUACAGAGGAGAAAGAAAAAAAUUUUCAUAUAAAGCUUUACCUUUGAAGUGAGUUCUUUUUUAGGGUUUCUUUCUUACAAUUUCAACAUUACUCGUUUAAGGUUGAUUGAUUUAGAAGAAUAUGUAUAGUAUAUUUCUAUUUUGCUUACUAACAAGUUGGUAUAUCAAACUUACUUUUAAGAAAUCUGUGCUUAGAAUUUUAAGAUAAAAGACUAAGAGGCAAAUACUUUUUGAAAUUGGUUUUCAUUAUUGUACUUCUUGCAUAGAAUUCCUGAUCUUUUAUUUAUCUAUUUUUUUUUAAAGUUGUUUUGAAUUCAAUGGCCACGAAACUCAAAAUGACCUUUCUGUUCCUGCCCUUGCUCACUAACUAGAUCAUGAAUGCUAAAUUUGGUCUGCUGUUUUCUGUGAUUUAUAAGAAUGGCUUUAAAAUGUCAGUCCCAGCAAAUGAUAUAAUUGAUUUUCAUGUGAAGAAGAGUUGGGAGUUUAAUGUAUAUUUUGGAUAGCAAAUAUGUCCAUGUGAAGUGCUGAUAGGUGUUAUUAUAUUACAGUAUCAAGUUACUGGCAUUGAGGACCACACAUUUAUAACACUGUAGCUGCUAUAUUUAUUUAAGUAGACUCUGAUAAUUACUGCACUAAACAAUGAGGAAAUGAGCACCAGUCAAGGCUAGUGUUAGACACCCCCCCCUUUUUUUUCCCC